UUAUCAAAGGAUGCUCGCAUUGUUUCGUCCGACGUUGAUCCGAGGGAGUAGUCGCUGCUUAUUAGCGGAAACUAGACGAUUUAGCGCCAGUGCAGUCGGAGGUCCUGAAAAAGGUGGUAAAAAAUCGGUUUCUUGCGGCCCAAGUGCAGGUCCCUCGAAGAAACCUAAUCCUGGCUUUGAGAAAAUUAAACAACUGCAAAUGCAUUUUCAAAAAAAUGACGGCAAACCGAUACAUCUCAAGGGUGGCAGCAGAGAUUUGAUGCUGUAUCGUGCAACAUGGGGUUUGGCUUUGCUCGGACUACUACUGCAAUUCCAUUUUUUUGCAAUGUAUAUCAUUUACUGAAAUCGGCAUUUUUUUAAUAAAUGUUUGCUUAAUUGUAAUGAAC